GCACGCGUAGUUUUGUCCUAACAACACGAGCGGAUGUUGUCUGUAGCAACCGUUCAUCUCAGGCGAAUAAACUCAUUUUUAAGAGAAAUGUGACUUUUCAAAACGUUAAACUUGUUGGAAAUGAGGCUCUAUAAGCAGGAUAAACACGUGGAUUGGAACUGAGACCUGUUCACAAAAAAGGGUGGGACCAUGUCAUUUUUUGAUGACACAGCUGCAGACGCUCCGGUCAGGGAUGUCCCUCAGAGUGUCCCCAGACUCGCUCUAGAUACUUCUGGAGCAGCGAAUGCAAGAAUGCGUCAGGAUGUGCUGCGGAUGUCCAGGGAGGAACUGGAGGACAAGUUUCUGAGGCUCAAUGAUGAAAACCUCAACCUCAAACAACGCAUCAACAAACAGGAUGACAAAAUCAAGAGGUCAGGAGCAAACACAUGUUUCUAUUGACAUAUCAUCCCUUCAGUUUGAAUCAACAAGUAUUCCUUAUAUCCUUUAUGUGUUUCUGAAACA